AUGGAUGAGAGCGGCAUGCGAUUCAGUGAACCGAAUUACCAUGGUUGGUCUGUAGAUGAGGAUGACUUUUCAGAUGAGUACGAAGAGUUAUUCUCGGAUGAGGAAGCUUCGCAGAGUGCAAAUAUGGAUGAGAAUCUGGAUUGUCUACACUUCAACGACAAGAAGUAUGAAGAUCUUAGAUCCUCUGAUAUGAUUGGUGUUGAGUUUAGCAGCGUCGAGGCAGUGGACACAUUCUAUGCUUACUAUUCACUUGCCAUGGGCUUCAGUUUCAGAAAGGAAAAGUUGUGUCGAAAUACAGCACAAGUGGUGGUGAGAAGACAGUUAGUGUGUUCAAAGGAGGGUGAGAGAAAAAAAAGGGGCAAGCCUGAUCCUAGUUUUACAUCGGAAAUCAUUUCAUGCGCCCAAAAUCUUAGUCCACCUCAUGGGACAAAACAGGUAUGCAAGAGGAAGACAGUUAACCAGAAACCAAUCGUGGAAGAUGCUGAUGGAAGAAGUAUGAAACGUUCUGGGAAGCAGUCUGGUGAAGAUGAACAUGAAAAAAAAAGGCAGCGCCCUCCACAGAGAAAUAUUACCAGAGGUAAUUGUCAAGCUCGUAUCACAGCGCACGGAUGCAAGGAAAGUGGUGUCUUCCGUGUGGUCCAAUUCAUCACCGAACAUAACCACGCCCUUGCUACAACAGAGUUUGUUCCCUUUCUCCGAUCCCACCACAAGGUUCGGGACCAUGACGUUGCUCAGGUAACAACACUUAAGAAAGUCUCUGUUGGUACAUGCCGGGCUUAUGAGUUGUUGGUCCACCAGGCCGGUGGCCAUGAAUUUGUUGGUUUUCUCAUAAAAGAUUUGUAUAACAAGAUGGACUCUGAAAGGAAGGAACUCAUGGUUGAUGGUGACGCCCAGUCUACAAUUAGUUUCAUGAAUUUGAAAGCAUCUAAAGAGGCAGAGUUUUUCUGUUUGUUCAGUGUUGAUGCCGAAGGCCGGCUGGGUAAUAUGUUUUGGAGAGAUACCAAGUCUCUAGCAGAUUACAAUAAUUUUGGGGAUGUUUUGAUUAUUGAUAGCACCUACAAGACCAACAUAUACGGCAAACCAUUAGCCGUCUUUGUUGGUGCAAAAAACCAUAGGGCGACAGUACUCUUUGGGUGUGCAUUGUUGGCUGAUGAGAGUGAGGACACCUAUAAUUGGGUGGUUACGGCCUUUUUGACUUCCAUGAGGGGAAAAAAACCAAUAUCAGUCCUCACUGACGGGGACGAGGCAUUGAGAAAUGUAGUUGUGAAUCUCAUUCCGGAGGCCCGACAUCGAUUGUGUGCAUGGCACAUUGCUAAGAAUGUUGUUAAAAAUGUUAGGGAUGCGGAUGUCCAAAGGGAUUUUUUGCCACCUAAUUUUUGCCAGACUCGGAGUUGA